AUGGGUAACAUGGCAACAGAGAUUAUCGCUUUUAUCCUAACCAUCUCGGGUUGGAUCUUGGUGUCGUCGACCCUGCCGACAGACUACUGGAAGGUGUCCUCUGUGGACGGGACGGUCAUCACCACAGCUACCUUCUGGUCCAACCUGUGGAAAACCUGUGUGACUGAUUCCACCGGUGUGUCCAACUGCAAGGACUUUCCUUCGAUGCUGGCUCUGGAUGCCUAUAUCCAGGUGUGUCGGGGUCUGAUGAUCACCGCUGUGUGUCUGGGUUUCUUUGGUGCCAUCCUCGCUUUGAUAGGAAUGAAGUGCACAAAAAUAGGAGGCUCAGAGACCACCAAAGCUCGUUUGACCGUCCUCUCGGGCUUCCAUUUCAUUCUCAGUGGCCUCUGCUGCUUGACUGCAUGCUCUAUAUAUGCUCACAGGAUCACAACUGACUUCUUUGACCCCCUCUUCGUUGCUCAGAAGUUUGAGCUGGGAGCGGCUCUCUUUAUCGGCUGGGCUGGAUCUGUGCUUUGUAUCUUAGGAGGACUUAUCUUCUGUCUCUCCCUGUCUGAAGGCUUCAGUAUCAGAGCUGAAUACUCCUACAGUGGAGCUGCAUCAUUUGUGACGGCACGCAACAAGCACAGCAAGACACCCAACAGCCUCCACAAGGAACCACGGGAGCCGUCAAGGCAGUUUGGAAGAAAUGCCUAUGUGUGAAAUUGGACUCUUGUUGUUACUUGAGCUGAUUGUGGAACUUAACAUUAUAGUUUUUGGUUACCAGAAACUAUUUCACCAGUAAGAGGCAAGGAGCGAUUACUUUUAUGAACUUUUGUGCGUGAACUAUGAAAAUAAAUGCUGGAAAGUAUAAUUAAUGUGACAGUUUACAGAUUUUAUAGAUUUUAAGAGGCCAUGCUUGCUGAUAUGCUCAUCUAGCUGUUUAAACAUGAGAGACUAUGAUACAACAGUAAGCCACCAUUUAUGUUUUUGACAGUACAACAACAAUAAAAAAUACUUCUAAAAUAUCUCAAAUAAAUAUAGCUUCCUUUUUAAA